UUAACUUUGCACAAUCGACGGAUUGAUUUUUCCCCAUCGUUCCCAUUUAGUUGGUCACCUUGAUAUCAUUUGGAUGGUUCUUGUGCAACCAUCCACUUGCCAGUGAAUCUUCUAUCUUCUAGAAGUAGUAAUUUUGAGGAAGUGAAGUGCAAUUUUCUCUACAAGUGUCUGGGGAUACUCGAGAUUUCUGUCGCGAUAUUUUGCCACUGCCAGCUCAUUCUGCCACAUAUUUUGAACGUUUUCAAACUCACAAUCAGUGUAUUCCUCUUCUGGACAAUAUGAAGAGUUUAACUGUGAUUUUAGUACUGCUCCCUGUCGUUCUCGGUGGUGAUUACUGCCUCCUUAAAGCCUCUUUUGAGAUCAACAGUAGAAUCACCACUGAAUGCAAGGUUCCCGCCAAUUUAUCCCAGCCCGAGGACAUAGGUACAAUCCAAUCACUCUGUACCAUUCCAACGGACGAGCAAGAGUCUUCUGAACUCAAGAUACUCACUGCAAAGCAAACAGAAUUUGGAAGCCGAGGUAUUUGCUCAGAAGAUGCCAUAAAGACUCCCGGAAUGUUCACAUGGAUCAAAUGGAAAAAUUUUGAAUCCAUCCUGCGUCCACUAAUCACCCAUCUCAGUGACGAGUAUGACUUUGUAGGACGAGACAUGUCUGGAAAUAUCUGCAGAAUCAACAUUACAACUGCCACUUGCUCUUCAAACUCCACAAACAAUGAAGAUGCACUUGAUGUAAGUGCUGUACUUCUAGAACGCCUUCCCGUAGGCUAUGAGCUCACAGAUAUUGCCUACGAUCGCUGGCGCAAUGUGACUUUCCUGGAUCAGAUUGCACUGACUUCCGUGAAUCUCACCAAUGUCAAUUUGAAGACAGACUUUGUGGAAGCUCUUGUUCGCUAUGACUUUGAGAAGAAGAUCAAUAUAACUCUCUUCUCAGAGUUGGCUACUGGUGUCCCCAUCAUUCUCCAUGAAGACACCGGAACUCCUCUUAAGUAUACAGUUGGAGAAUUGACGAAAAAAACUCAGUCAGGAAUUGUUUCUGUUGUCAAGAGACUUCCGGCCAAAACUUCAGCAAUCGUUCGAGUUGUGGGAACUGAAACCCUAUCAGUGAUCCACAUGUCUGCCAAAUUGACCACGAUCUACGCUAGAGAUGAGCAGGGAGUGGACAAAAUCGAACAGGGGGAUAUUCAUACGACGUGUAUCGAAACUGGGGUAAUGGAUGUCCGUCCUGAGGAAACUGUAUCCAUCCACAUUGAUCCACCAGGAUCAGGAGGAAUUCCCAUUGCUCCAACUGAAACCACCAAAGCUCCCAAGAUCAAGCCAAGUCAUAUUCCAACACCCACAGAAAUGCCACCGAUAUCACUCUUCCAACCCUCCGGACCCGUUAAUCCUGGCUUCAAGACCUUCUCCACGAUCGGUGCUAUCAUCUUCGUUUCCGUCUUUGUCAUAGCCAUGACAGACGUGGCGAGAAAAAUCAUCCAGGAUCAACGCCGCAAGAGCCGUAAAAUUAAUCGAAAGUUCUAAAGAAAAAUAUUUACGUCCAUUUAUUUAAUAAUAUUUCAUGUAGAAUGAUAAAAAUAAUAAUAAAGUCUUCCUAGGGAAAAA